UUCCAGGUGAUUCCAAAGCAUAAGUUUGCCCUUGUGAAAUUUGAUACCCAAUACCCUUACGGUGACAAACAAGAUGAGUUUAAAAAGCUGGCGGAGAGCUCGGGCUCCAGCGAAGAUCUUCUGGUGGCUGAAGUAGGAAUAUCAGAUUACGGUGAUAAACUGAACACUGAUCUGGGUGAAAAAUACAAGCUGGAUAAGGACAAAUACCCUAUUUUUUACUUAUUCCAAGAUGGUGACUUUGACAACCCCUUACCUUACACGGGGGAAAUCAAAGUUGGGGCUAUUCAGCGCUGGCUGAAGAGCAAUGGCAUCUACCUGGGCAUGCCAGGCUGCCUGAAAGAGUACGAUGUGCUGGCCAGCAAGUUUGUGAGCGCCUCUGAAAAGUCGGAGCGCCAAUCGCUGCUGAAGAAGGGCCAAGAAACCUUAGCAAAAACAAAAGAAACCGAUAAGAAGUCAGCUGAGCAAUACUUGAAAAUUAUGAGCAAGAUAGUGGAGCAGGGAGAAGAAUUUGCUGCUAAUGAAGUUGUCCGAAUCACAAAACUGAUUGAGAAGAACAAAAUGAGUGAUGGGAAGAAGGAGGAGCUCCAGAAAAGUCUCAAUAUCCUUGCUUCUUUCCUGAAGAAGAAUAGUGAAAAAGAUGAGCUCUAGUAUGCUGGAGAACUUUGUACAAGCUGUGAAACACUGGCAGAAUCCUAACCAGUUCUCCUUAUACAGGCAAACUUCCCCCUGGCUUCAAGAGAGCAGCAGAUUUCCUCUGAUAUUCUCUAUUUGUUAGAAGAUCGAGAGGAAGACAUUCCUCAAAAGAAAAAAAAUAUAUUCUAAGUAUUCUAAAAGUUACCUUAAAGCAAGAUGACAGUAUUGUGUAAUACUAUUAAAUAACAGUGUUAAAGUAGACAAAAAAAGCACUGGAUUGGCCUGAA